CUCGUCGGCUUCCCUGCUCCAAAUUACUCGCCGCUUGAAACCGAAGCCCCGCGCCGGCGGCAGCGGCUCGCCCGCACUGAAUGCUUACGCUCUCCUCCUCCGUGAAGCGGAGGCUCAAACUGCGGCCGCGGCGCCCUCUUCUUGCCUCCCAGGCAACGCCUGAUCGCCGCGGUUGCAGCGGCUGCAGCCCUCGCGGGGCCGCCUCCUCCUCUGCUGCCUCGCACGAGUCGCUCCUCCUUCGGCUGCAGUCGGGCCCCGCCCUAGCGGAGGUGGAGAGAUUGCACGCCGCGUUGUUGGUAGGUGGCCACUGCGGCAGCACCGUCCUCGCGGCGCAGCUGGUGCGCGCGUACGCCAGGCUGGGGGACGUCGGGCUCGGGCCCGCGCUGCGCGUGUUCGACGGAAUGCCUAGGCGGAACUCCUUCGCGUGGAACGCCGUGAUCAGGGGCCUCGUCGAGGUUGGGCGGUUCUCGGAGGCACUGGAUCUGUACUGGGACAUGGUCCGCGGCGGCUCGGUCACCGCCGAUCGGUUCACAUACCCUCCGGUUCUGAAAGCGUGCGCGGCGCUGGGAGCGGUUGAGGAGGGGAGGAAGGUUCAGGAGAACGUGGAGGCAGACAUCGCCCGGGGCAGUGCGACACCCAAUGUGUUUGUGCAGUGCGCGCUCGUGGACAUGUUUGCCAAGUGCGGGUGCUUGGGUAAAGCAAGGAGCGUGUUUGAGAGCAUGGGAGUGAGAGACUUGGCUGCGUGGACUGCCAUGAUCGGAGGGGCUGUGCACGGAGGUGACUGGUUUGAGGUGAUGGAUUUGUUCAAUCGCAUGAGAUCAGAAGGGUUUCCUCCUGAUUCUGUUAUUUUUGCCACUGUUGUUCCGGCAUGUGGUAGGGUGAAAGAGCUGAGGACUGGAGCGGCAUUGCAUGGAUGUUCUGUUAGAUGUGGAGUUGGUGAUGAUAUCUGUGUUUCUAAUGCUCUAGUUGAUAUGUACUGCAAAUGUGCUAGUCUGGAUAUGGCUGCUUCUCUGUUUUGGUCUAUCGAUUACAAGGAUGUUGUCUCUUGGACUACCAUAAUUGCAGGGCAUUCACAAAAUGGAAUGUCUCAUGUGAGUGUCAAUUUGUUCACUGAAAUGGUUGCUUCAGGAGUAAAACCAAAUUCUACUACUCUGGCAAGCAUACUUCCUAGUCUUCAAGAGCUGAAGUUAUUCAGUCAUGGAAAAGAAAUUUAUUGCUUCUCCUUAAGAAAUGGACUUGAGCAGAGCGAGUUUCUAGUGAGUGCAUUUAUAGAUUUCUACACUAGACAAGGAUUCAUUAGGGAAGCAGAAACUGUAUUUGAGUUCAGGCCGAAGAAAGAUUUAGUCGUUUGGAAUUCAAUGGUUGGAGGAUAUGCUGUGAAUGAGGAUUCAGAAUCUGCAUUACAUGCAUUAAGGGCACUGCAGGCAGUGGGACUUAGGCCUGAUCAUGUGACUGUUGUUUCAGUUCUUCCACUUUGCAACCAACACUCCAGGUUCCUCCAGGGUAAGGAACUGCAUGCUUACGCCAUUAAGCAUAACAUAAGUUCAGUUUGCUCAGUUAGUAAUGCACUUAUAGAUAUGUACUGCAAGUGUGGUUGCCUAGAAAUAGCCAGAGAGAUUUUUCGACUGAUGAAAGAGCGAGACGCCGUAACAUACAACACAUUGAUUUCUUCUUUUGGAAAACAUGGGCAUGAAGAUCAAGCAUUCAUUCUUUUCGACCUAAUGAAGAGAGAUGGAAUUGCUCCAGAUAAAGUGACUUUUGUAGCUCUAUUAUCAUGCUGUAGCCAUGCAGGCCUUAUUGACAAGGGUUUGUGCUUCUAUGAUUCCAUGUUACGAGACUAUAAUAUUUCCCCAGAUAUGGAGCACUAUUCAUGCAUUGUUGACCUUUACAGCAGAUCUGGGAAGCUUGAUGAUGCUUGGAGUUUUAUUGCAAAUUUACGAAAAGUGCCAGAAAUCGAUGUUCUUGGGUGCCUUCUGUCAGCGUGCAGAGAUCAUAAUAGAAUGGACAUUGCUGAGCUGGUUGCAAUAAAAAUAUUUGAACAAAACCCUGAUGAUCCAGGAUAUCAUAUUCUGCUGUCUAAUAUCUAUGCCAAUGCUGGAAUGUGGUCUGAUGUGACUAGGAUAAGAACUACGAUAGAAGAGAGGAGCUUGAAGAAGAGAACAGGAAAUAGCUUGAUCUAAGAUCGUCAGCUCGUUGGCGCGUCCUCAUGUAUAUUUAUCUGUGUAUUUGCAAAAGCAGAAGAGCCAUUUAUUCAUGGUUGCACGGAAGGAACAACUAAAAGGGCUAUUCAGAAAUGUCAGACUGCCAUUUUAAUGGGAAGAUACAGAACUUGCAGAAACAUCUUACUGUUACUUCAUACCAUAUCCUGGAUACAGAAGGCAUGAUCAAGUGUAAAACUGCUGAUGUGAAAGGCCGGUGACUAGCUUCUUUGGAUACUUGGGAAUUAGUGAUAAGCAGCCUUAAAAGGCCAGUGACACGCUGUUAGAAAAUUUUCUCUGGAGGAAGGAAUUUCCAUAGUUGAGGGUAUAAGUGGGUAAAAAGUGUACAGGGCAAUAUCUACUGUUUGUGUUUUUGUUUCAUGUUAUGUGUUGAGGGGUUUUACAACUCACAUUUCCUGUACUACAGGCAACUGAAAACACCAACCAUUUCAGUCGAUCAAAUCUGGGAUUGGGAUAUAGGUUUCGGGGAGAUUUCACCAUUGCCAGGGUUAGAGGAAUGUCGUGGGAGGCAGGCUAGUCCGGUAGAGGCGGCGGGGACGCUGUCGGCCAUGCUUGUGGAAGACCGGCAGUGGACCAGAUCCGGGCGGGGGCGACUUGGAGACAGCUCGUCUGAUCCAGGUUAGUGUGUUGGUGGCUCCGAAGGCGGGAGAGCCACUGGAGACACGUGGAGGCAGGCGGGGCAAGGGAGUGAAUCAUUACGUCGGCGCACUGUUGCAGAUGGAGAAGAAAUAGAGAGAAGAAGCUGGAUGUAGAAGAAAAUCUCUUGUCCAUUGGAUCACCAUCCAACGGCCAGGAUCCAUCGACUGAAAAAAAUCUGAUUUCAGCUGCCUGAAGUAAUGAUGAGCAAGACACAUUCUUAUCAUAAUGAUGAGCAAAUAAAAAAAUGACAGACCUCAAUAAAGUGGAUCUUUACUGAAACAGAUUUAAUCUUGCUAAGACAAAUAACUUUAAAAGCUAUUUACAGUUUCAUCAUUCUGACUUAUCUAUUUGAUAGAUACCACUGAAAUAUUGUUAACAAAGAAUUGUGAAACAAUGUUUGACUUUCAUAUAAAACCAGUUCUGUUAUGGAAGUGGACUUGUCAUAUUGAAAUCAGUAGCUACCAGCUCAUGGAUACAUCAGUUUCCAUCCCUUGAAUUUAUUUAUUUUCCAUAUUUCAACAAAUCUAAUGUCUGCUGUUUUACAUUGUAGGGACCAGGAACAUCAAUGGACAAAUGUUUUGUUAACCCAACAGAUAAGAUGCCUAUAAGGUGAUAUGUGCCGAGUUUGGAAUCAAAAUUUAUAAUUUCCGUGCCAACACAUUCUAUCCACAAGAUUUCCUCAUCAAAUUUAACACAACUCAGCUUCGAGUACUUUUUAAAAGCAGGAUAACUUCUUCCAAUUUUUUCAUCAUUGUCAAACCAUAGAAAAAGGAAUACCAGCACAUGCUUGGCAACAUGAAAUGGUGGAGAAACUCCUCUCCCCUUUUUGCUGGAUCAAUGAGUUCUGCAUACCAUGUGGAAAAAAUACGAUAUGUCUAGAUUUAGUCUCAAAGCAUGGACAUCAGAUGUAAUAGCAAUUCCACUGAGUCGUUGGUUGGCUAUCCCCGAACCUAUAUUUGAUGAUCAUCUUAUGAGAAUGUCACUAUGGUGUCCAGAAGGCUCUACCAGAAAAUUUCACAUGUACCCAGUGUAUUUCAAAGCCAAAAAAAAGAAAAGAAAAACCAGCAUCACCAGAGCCAUGGAUGAGUCCAAACAGAUAUCAGACAGCGGACAUGAUGGCUGCAUGAGCGAUAUGGAGGAUAACCCAGAAGACUGCUUCUACUUCAAUUAAACAGCAGCAGAACUGAUGCCUUGCAAUCACUUCUCAUCAGGAAGUCGCUAUCUGCCUCUCUGAAGUACUUUGUUAUACAGUUCUGAAGAAGCACCAAUAACUCAGUGCAGCUACGAUCUCCGAUCCUUUAAAGAUCUUAGAGGAAAUAUGGAUUUUGUGUGGGGGAAAUCGGUCUCUUCCAGUUAUAUUCUGUUUGAAAAUUUACAGUGAUCGUGGAAAAUAUCAAUUACCACGAGCUUAUUCACCUUAAAAGAGGCAACUAGACCACACAGCACAUAGGCCAGGCAUCCAAGUGCAGUCUCUCUCCACACUGGGUUUCAGCAUACUACACAGCUUUUGCUUACGCAUGAGUCAGUUCACCUAUUGCUGUCAUAUACAACGAUUGUGUCUCCAUCAAAUAAUGCCAAAAGCAGAAGGAACACUAAAAGUAGAAUCAGUGAAGCAUCCGGAUUUCACGGAUGAUGCAUCAUAUGCAAUGCACAAUGGCAAUUGAUCAAUGAAGUUGCUGGGCCAAUACAGAGGAGUGGGCUCACUGCAUGUCUUCAUCAGAUAGUGGAUACCCCUGCCUGCCCUACUGAUCGUUGCUGCUAUCCGAAGUUUGUGCAGAGGAUUGAGGACAACAACGUGGCCUACAUUAUUACAUCCUUUGCCCGAUUCUGCUCCUUUGUGGGUUUCUUCUUUCUCGCAAACUUUUCUUUUCGAGACGAUACUUGCUGACUUCCUGCACACAAAAAGUCCAGGUCUAUGAAAACGUCAUUACUAGAUGAUUGAUGCUACUACUGUGCUGUGUAAGAAGAGCCUCUGUGACUUUUAUCUCUACUUCAAAGUCGCCUAUGAAUCAACUGGAGAUUACAAAGGACACCGAAUCACUAAUACUAUUAAGCAAAGACUUUGAUUACACUAUUCCCCCGUGUUUGUUGGUUUCUUACCUUUAUUUACUUCCUUCUUGUGCGGAUGAACCCGAUUGACUUGCAAACUUGAAGAAUGCAAAAGCUCAUCAAUGAAUGCCGAACGUGCAUCUUUAUCCGAUCCAGGACUCCAGAUGGAGCUUAUUGACUUGCAAGAUUCAAGAAAGCAAAGCUCGGAGAGCAGAAGGAAAUUUUAUAGGAUCUUUUAUAAAAGAAUUCCUAUAAAAUUCUGAUCUAAACUGUAUUUUCUUUAAUUUAACCGUUAACACCUACAGAAGAGACAAAGAUAAAAACAUAUGUCGUAUUAAAAGAGGUGUUUUAAAGUGCGGAGAACGGCCAUCCUUCUCCGAUUCAGGUCACAUCCACUCGCCAACUCUGUGCAAGUUCCAAUGGUCGGUGUGAUGUGAUUUGGACACCUGCCAUCCUGCAACGGUAGCCGUAGGCAGGAAGGCUGCAGAUACCGGAAUAAGCAAUGACAGGCAGCAGCUCAUGUGGGGUCUUGCUAUUGAGAACUCCACGUUGUAUGCUACCUACCCAAGAGUGUAUAUUGAGACCUAAGUAACA